AUGUCUGAUAAAUAUAAGCGUUCUAGAGAUGCAAAACCUACAAGCCUAGCUGAAAUCAAAGCUCUAAUAGGUUUAUUAUAUUUAGCAGGUCUUCACAAAGGCAGUCGACUCAAUACUGAAGAUCUAUGGAGUCGAGAUAGUUCUGGGGUUGAUAUGUUUUGGUUGACCAUGUCGUUGCAGAGAUUCCGUUUCCUGAUGCGUGUUAUCCGCACUGUCGACAAAGAAACAAGGGAGGAACGUAGAAAAUACGACAAACUGGCACCUAUUCGAGAAGUUUUUGAUUCUUUUGUAAGAAAUUGUCAAAAACAUUAUACCGUCUCCGAAUACGCGACAAUAGAUGAGAAACUUGAGGCAUUUAGGAGUUGCUGCGGUUUCAGGCAUUAUAUGCCGUCGAAGCCAAACAAAUAUGGUAUCAAGAUUUUUGCACUGGUAGACGCCAAUAUGUUUUACACUUUAAAUUUAGAAGUGUACGUAGGGGCCUUAUCGACAAAGCAACGAUCCUAA